AACAUUCGUCAUUUCAUUUUAAGGAUCUUUGUGUGGGGGAGUCGAUUCGAUAGAGAUCGAAGCAGUUAUGCCAGGAGGAGGAGGAGGUGCGCUCAAGUCCUUGAAGCCAAAGAUCCAAUCGGUGGAUAUACAAGCCGCCGCGGGAUGGGGUAUCGCCGCCGCAGCCGGCGCCAUAUGGGUCGUACAACCAUUUGAUUGGAUAAAGAAGACUUUUAUUGAUAAACCCGCAGCUGAGGAGAACUGAACUGA